AUGGCAACUCUCGAAGCGCUGAUCUCGCUGCAGAUGACACGUGCAUCCUUCAUCGAAGGCAUUUACACGGAGUCACAGGAGGAGAGCAUCCAGCAGUUCGGAGUGACGGCUCUGGAUUCCAAGCUCGUCAUGCUGGAAACGUAUUGGGCGAAGCUGGAAGCGUCUCAUGAGAAACUCGUCGACCAGAAGGUCGAGAAUUUGACCUCUCUUGAUUAUUUUAAGAAUCAGGUCUUCGAUCUCGCGCUUAAGCAUUACGCUUCAGGUAGAGUAGCGCUGUUGCAGCUGUUGGAGAAGAAGGGGGCUCCUAACCUCAACCAAUCGGUUCGAGUUCCUGGCGACGCGCAACUACAGAGUUCAACGCGCAGAGCUCUUCCGGAGAUUGAGUUGCCGAAGUUCUCUGGAGUGUAUAAGGAGUGGAGGCCAUGGAGAGACCUUUUCCAUUCGCUGGUCGGGAAUAAUCUGGAGAUUCCUGGGGUCGAGCGAAUGCACUACCUCCGUCUCUGUCUCUCCAAUGAGCCGUUGAAGCUCAUCUCUAAUUUGCCCGUCUCUGAAGAUUCCUUCGGCAUCGCAUGGAGAAUCUUGGUCGAUCGAUACGAGAACAAGCGCUUAUUGAUUNUGAAGUGA